AUGGUCCAUAUAAAAGUUGAGACGGUGGGGCAGGGUGUCAGAAAAAGCAUGAAUCAAAAAGUGGGUAUUGAGUUGGAAGAAGCUAAUAUACCUGGUACCAAAUAUCUAGAUACUUUGGAGUUGAUGCGACAUUACGAACAAACAUACCCAGAAGCAGCGCGUUUGGCUGAUGAAGGAUUAUUGAAUGUCUCAGGCCGCUUUCCCAAAAUUUAUAGUUUGUCCUUCUUACAAUUGCAUCGUCCCCCUCGCCAAGAGGAGAUUAAAGAAGUGCUUUUCAGCAUGGAUGGCUUCAAGGCACCUAUUCCAGACAGCCUACAUGCUCUUUUCUUUCAAUCUCAAUGGAACUCCUUGAAUAAUUCAGUUAUCAAGCUAGUUCAAGAUGAAGAUAAUCCUGAUUCUAUAAGGAAGCUUCGUCCCAUCAGCUUGUGCAAUGUGGUGUUAAAGGCCAUCACCAAAAUUAUGGCAAAUAGACUUAAACCCCGUCUAGGAAAUCUGAUUAUGCCAAAUCAAUGUGGUUUCAUCAAAGGGAGACAUAAUAGCAAUAAUAUCAUAAUAGCUCAAGAGGUCAUGCACUCUAUGAAGAUGAAUAAAGGCAAAGUGGGAUGGAUGAUAGUUAAGGUUGAUUUAGAGAAGGCCUAUAAUAGAAUUAAUUGGGUUUUUCUAAGGAAUACUCUUGAUGAGGUUGGCCUCCAUCAGCAGACGAUAGAACUGAUUAUGGAAGAUUUCUCUUAUGUAUCAAUGAGUGUUCUUUGGGAAGGAGCCAAAACGGAGGAGUUUACUCCAACUAGGGGCAUAAGGUUGGCUCAUAUGAUUUUGGAAGUAAUGGACAAGAAGAUCUGGAGACCAAUUAUCCUUCGAAAGGGAGGACCUCUCAUCACUCAUUUGCUUUUCGCAGAUGAUUUGUUGCUUUUUGCAGAAGCACCAUUUGAGCAGGCCAAGAUCAUUAAUGGAAUCUUAAGAUGCUUCUGCGAAUCCUCUAGGAAAAGAAUUAGUAAGGAAAAAACUAGGGUAUUCUUAUUUAUGAAUGUGAAUCAUACUAGAGCAAAUGAGAUAGCCCAACAUAUGCAGUUUCCAAUAGCUGCAGAUUUAGGAAGAUACCUUGGGAUACCUCUUUUAUCUACCAGAGUGAAUUCUUCGACCUUUAAUCAUGUCCUCCAAAGGGUGAACAAAAGGUUAAAUAGCAGGCAGAUGAAUUCUCUUUAUCUUGCAGGUAGGGCCACUCUAAUUCAAUCGGUGUUCGCUGCAACUCCAUUCUACACGAUGCAAACUUGCUUGCUUCCGGGAUCAUCAAGGGAGAAAAGAAGAAUACAUCCAGUGGCGUGGGAGAAGGUGUGCAAAUCCAAAAGGAAUGGAGGCAUUGGGCUGAGGAAAAUAAGGGAGACAAAUCAAGCUUUUAUGAUGAAGAUUGGGCAUGGUUUGCUCACCUACAAAGAUAGACUUUGGGCUAAGGUGCUAAGGAACAAGUACAAGGUGAACGAUGACCUGUUACCUGAGUUAAAAACUGUUAACCGAGCAUCGAAUCUUUGGAAGGGUAUUAGCAAGGUGUGGUCAAAAGUCAUUGAUGGAUUUCAAAUACAACUAGGAGAUGGUCUUCUUACUAAUUUCUGCGGGGAAAACUGGUUUCUCGGGAAUAUAAAAGUGCAACUCAAACAGGAGGUAGUGAUAUUUGACGAGGUUAAGGGUUGGAAAGUGAGUGAUUUUGUUGAUGAGCAAGGAAAUUUGAAAUGGUCUACUCUAGAGCAACUUGUGACUCCAGCUACUCUCGCCCAAAUUGCGAAUAUCAUGCCCCCAACAUUGACCAAGGCUCUGAUUUUGUCAUAUAGGGCCACACUAAUGAUGGAAAUUUUUCAAUAA